UGGCCGGGCCCAGAGAAGCCCUGCGCGGGGAGCGCCGGCCCGGCGCGGGCGAGGGCGAUGCCGCGGUGACGGCCCCGCCAUGGCGAAGCCCCCGGCGGUGGCGGCGGCGGCUGCAGCGGCGGCGUCGGAGGAGCUGAGCCAGGUCCCGGACGAGGAGCUGCUGCGCUGGAGCAAGGAGGAGCUGGCGCGGCGGCUGCGGCGCGCUGAGGGCGAGAAGGUGGGCCUCAUGCUGGAGCACGGCGGCCUGAUGCGCGACGUGGAACCGGCGCUGCAGCAGCACCUGCUGGAGAUCCGCGGCCUCAAGGACGUGAACCAGCGGCUGCAGGACGACAAUCAGGAGCUGCGCGAGCUCUGCUGUUUCCUGGACGACGACCGGCAGAAAGGGCGCAAGCUGGCGCGCGAGUGGCAGCGCUUCGGGCGCCACGCGGCCGGCGCCGUGUGGCACGAGGUGGCCCGCUCGCAGCAGAAGCUGCGGGAGCUCGAGGUGCGCCAGGAGGCCCUGCUGCGCGAGAACCUGGAGCUGAAAGAGCUGGUGCUGUUGCUGGACGAGGAGCGCGCGGCGCUGGCGGCGGCGGGGGGCGCUGGCGGUAGCGGCGGCGGCGGCGCGGGCUCCCGCAGCUCCAUCGACAGCCAGGCCAGCCUGAGCGGGCCCCUGGCGGGCAGCGCGGCGGGCUCGGGGGCCCGCGACGUGGGCGACGGCAGCAGCACUUCCAGUGCAGGCAGUGGUGGCAGCCCGGACCACCACCACCACGUCCCACCGGCUCUGCUGCCCCCGGGGCCGCACAAGGGUCCCGACGGCAAGGCCGGAGCCACGCGCCGGUCCCUGGAUGACCUGUCAGCGCCGCCGCACCACCGAAGCAUCCCGAAUGGCCUGCACGAUCCCUCAUCCACCUUCAUCAGGCCAUUGGAGACCAAGGUGAAGCUGUUGGACGGUGACAAGCUCCCCCCACAGCAGGCAGGCUCCGGAGAGUUCCGGACACUUCGGAAAGGCUUCUCCCCGUACCAUUCUGAAUCCCAGCUCGCGUCCCUGCCACCCUCCUACCAGGAAGUCCUACAGAACGGCCCAGCCUGCCCCGUACCUGAGCUGCCCUCACCCUCUUCCACUGUCUACAGUUCGGCAGGACAGAAGCCCGAGGCUGUUGUGCAUGCCAUGAAGGUUCUGGAAGUACACGAGAACCUUGACCGGCAGCUUCAAGAUAGCUGUGAGGAGGACCUGAGCGAGAAGGAGAAGGCCAUCGUUCGAGAGAUGUGCAACGUGGUCUGGAGGAAACUGGGGGACGCUGCCAGCACCAAGCCCUCCAUCCGGCAGCACCUGUCUGGUAAUCAGUUCAAGGGGCCGCUGUAGGGCCGUUUCUCCGUGGACGUGGACUGGCCCUGCCUGGAGUCUGAGGCCUUAGACCUGGCAGAAACUCUGGUCUAGCCACCGUCUUUCUCCGUGGUGAAUUGUACAUAGGACACAGCCCACCCUGGCUGCCCUGGUGUGACACUGUUGGCCAGGCCUCCACCUCCUGCCUCCCUCACCAGCAAAACCUUGGGAAGACGAGAAGCCACUGUCCGCUCACUGCAGCAAAGUGGCCAGGCAGCCUGGCUCCCCGUUUGAGCUCCAUGUUCCAUUAGCAAGAAGCUUCUGAGACUCCAAGCCAAGGGACUGUCUGGGGAGGUGCCCUUCUCUUGGUAGAAGUCCCUCAACAAGUAUUGUAACUCACUGUCCCUUACACUGGACAGAAGCCACCAGAGCCAGAAUUGCGACACAGGUGGCACUACCUUUUCUGCUACCCUGCCAGAGCCAGGACCCUGGGCCGUGGAGCACUGACUCCCAUGUGUCUGUGGCUGGCUGAGAGCUCAGGGUUCCCUGUCACCUGGGGGAUUGGUGCCCAGCCACCCUGAAGCCAGCUGCUGCUUAUUAGUGUUCACCCCUUUAGUGACGUCUCCUUGCCCACACCAGGCUUGGCCACUUCUUAGGUCUCUCCUGCCAGGUUUCCUUUUCUGGUUUACAGCAACAUAGGAAAGUCCUGGAGAAUGUCUGGGCUCGAGCUCAGCCCCUGAUGAGUUUUCCCUGGGAAGGAAGGGGCAUGACCUGGUUCUGGCUUUAAUCUGCUGUGUGGCCUUCAGCAAGCCACUCAGCUUUUCUGGGCCCCCAGAGGUUCAAAAGAGCCCCUUUUGGCUUUGCUCACCCCAGUUUGGUGGGCCUCUGUCCUUAAAACAGACAAGCUCAUGUGGGAACCUACUGGGAACAUGCUAGGCCAGGUUGUUUGUCAUGCCGUCUCCUCACAGGUCACAUCUGAGCCUUAGCCCCUCCCUCCAAGGGACCUGGGGGUCAAAUGCGUGCUUCAGUGCACGAGUUCACCCCUCAGACAGCAGGCGGCACAAGACUGACAGGGGUGUUUUCUAACAUGGCGUGAGGAGAAACGAGGACUCGGGUGCUUUUGUGACCUGUACACAAGAUAUCUGUGGGAGGCUCUGGCACCCUGCUGGCAUCACUGUACAGUGUAUUCACAUCCACACCCUUCAGCUGUCCCCACACAAUGGUACUCAGAGCCCCAUGCAGCAAGCCCAAAGAGCUUGUCCUCACCUCAGGUCCCUCCCAUACCCUGUGAGCAGAGGGGACAGGCCGAGACGGUGGGUGGCAUCCUUGCUUCCCAACCAGCCAAGGCCCUUGGGUUCUUAGCACCUUUGUUGCCCACACCCUUGGGUCCCACACUCUCAGGGGAAAGGCCCAUAGCCCUCGGUGUGCCCAGUGAGUGUUGUGCAGGGGCUGUAGGGGACUGGCUGUUGGCGUCACUGGGAAGCUCUUUCUAGAAGCUGCUGUAUGGUCAAGGGAUAAAACUUGGAGCUCCAUCUGCUGGCCCUGGUCCUGGGCAAUUUCUAAGUGGGCUGCUGGGCAGGUGGGACUCUUCCUGGUUCUUUUGAGGCCAAGGAACCCCAGAAUAAUGUUGAGGUAUGUGGGUCCACACAAGGUGGGAACCAAGUCAGAGUCCCAGUCAAAUUUGUAUGAGGAUAGCUUAGCCACCUCUGAAAUAGCAAUAAGUUAAGAGCUCCUGAAACCUGAAGAUGGGCCGAGAAAGCAAAGCCUACAAACGACCUUCCCCUUUUGGAGAGGUGUGACCCUGUCCCCAAUGCUGCAGAGGCAUCCUGGGAAUCUAAAGAGAGUUUCUUGUAGACUUCCUCUGCUCUUGUGCAGGGUGGAUUAAGCUGUACCCCAGCCCUCAGCAGUGGGCUGGUUCUCCAGGACAGCCUGUGUCAUAUCUCAAACCUAACAGGAGAGGCCAGCAGCAACCGGGUUGAGCCCUGGGCUGGGCGGGGCGUGUGGUCUUCUGUGACCCCUCCCUCCUGGAGCCUUAGCCUUCACAGUGCUGACUCUCCAUCUCAAGCUCACAAGAUGCUUGUCCUGGCUCCACCCCCCACUGUGACAGGCCACCCUGCCCCAUCUCGGUGGCCUGGCCUUUCCGGAGUCAGAAUCUGCUGAGCGCAUUUCCAAAUCUGUUCAACAGCCACACGCCAGUGUUUAAAGACAAAGUGACCUUUCAGUUUUCUUUUUUGAAACUUGAGAGGAAGUGAGAUACAUACUACUGAUUUUUUUUUUUUUUUAAAGAAACAAACUAAAUGCAUGGCUGCAGAGUGGCAGAGGUGUCUAUUUUCAUACUGUGGGGGAAAGUGUGCUGCUUUUGGGAAGGGCUGGCACGCCUGGCUUCCCUGCCCUGGGCCAGUCUUGUCUAGGAGCUGGCGGUGAGAGCGGCAGCUGCCCCCUCCUGCCGUGGCCGUGUAGAGCUGGAGCCCGUGGACUUCGGCUGUUUCUACCUUCUAUUGAACCACUUUGAUUUGUGGAGAGAGAAAAAAAAAAAUAGAACUUUUGAUAGCGUGGUAAAAGCAUUGAUUUGAACUAUUUUAGUAAAAGGAGUAACAUAUAAGAUUGUGACAGUGUCUACUUUGAACUAGAUAAUAAAGGCCUCUUUGUGAGCCUCGGA